CUAUUUUGUUUUACACAAUCUUAAAAGAUUUGAAUUUUUGAUUUGAUUUGAUUUAAAUCUUUAAUUCGUUACUAUUGGAGUUCUUUAUAAACCCUCAAACGCUUUUUCUAAAACCCUAACGCUCCUCUCUUCUCUCAUUCUCUUCCUUGCGUGCGUAGCAUUCUCUUCAUUCGAUCUUUGUGUUGUUUUAAGCAUUUAAGGACAAAUGGGAAAAGAAAAGGUUCAUAUUAACAUUGUUGUCAUUGGCCAUGUCGACUCUGGGAAGUCAACUACCACUGGUCACUUGAUCUACAAGCUUGGCGGUAUUGACAAGCGUGUGAUCGAGAGGUUUGAGAAAGAAGCUGCUGAGAUGAACAAGCGUUCAUUCAAGUAUGCUUGGGUGCUUGACAAGCUCAAGGCUGAACGUGAAAGAGGUAUCACUAUUGACAUUGCAUUGUGGAAGUUUGAGACUACUAAGUACUACUGCACUGUCAUUGAUGCUCCCGGCCACAGAGAUUUUAUUAAGAACAUGAUUACUGGGACAUCUCAAGCUGAUUGUGCUGUUCUCAUCAUUGAUUCCACUACUGGUGGUUUUGAAGCCGGUAUUUCCAAGGAUGGCCAGACCCGGGAACAUGCGCUCCUUGCAUUCACUCUUGGUGUCAAGCAAAUGAUUUGUUGCUGCAAUAAGAUGGAUGCUACCACACCCAAGUACUCCAAGGGUAGGUAUGAUGAAAUUGUCAAGGAAGUUGCAUCCUAUUUGAAGAAGGUUGGCUACAACCCCGACAAAAUCCCAUUUGUUCCCAUCUCUGGUUUUGAGGGAGAUAACAUGAUUGAGCGCUCUACAAAUCUUGACUGGUACAAGGGUCCAACCCUUCUUGAGGCCCUUGACAAUGUCAAUGAGCCUAAGAGGCCAUCUGACAAGCCCCUUCGGUUACCACUUCAGGAUGUCUACAAGAUUGGUGGAAUUGGAACUGUGCCUGUGGGGCGUGUUGAGACCGGUACUAUAAAACCUGGAAUGGUGGUCACUUUUGGGCCAACUGGACUGCAAACUGAAGUCAAGUCUGUGGAGAUGCACCAUGAAGCUCUCACAGAAGCCCUUCCUGGUGACAAUGUCGGAUUUAAUGUUAAGAAUGUUGCUGUCAAGGAUCUCAAGCGUGGUUUCGUUGCCUCAAACUCCAAGGAUGACCCAGCUAAGGAGGCUGCUAAUUUCACAUCUCAAGUGAUCAUCAUGAAUCACCCUGGCCAGAUUGGAAAUGGCUAUGCCCCUGUUCUUGACUGCCACACCUCCCACAUUGCUGUCAAGUUUGCUGAGCUGGUUACCAAGAUUGACAGACGUUCUGGUAAAGAGAUUGAGAAGGAACCCAAGUUCUUAAAGAAUGGUGAUGCUGGUAUUAUUAAGAUGGUUCCAACCAAGCCCAUGGUGGUUGAGACUUUCUCUCAAUAUCCGCCACUUGGCCGUUUUGCUGUCAGAGACAUGCGUCAAACUGUGGCUGUUGGGGUCAUCAAGGCUGUGGAGAAGAAGGAACCCACCGGAGCAGCUAAUAAGAUAAAGAAGAAAUGAACCGGGGUGUUUUACUGUUAUAAAUGGUCUGUUCUUAGUACUUUUGGUUUUUGUCUAAUUAAUUUGUUUUCUAGAUUAAGUGUGAAGUCUACACCGUCAUCUUGCAGCUUUUGUUCUCAGAACUGGGUUCUAGAUCGACGGUGGCAGGGCUAUUUCAUUUGUGUUUAUGCUUUAAUUGUGUGUCUUGUGUGAACAGUUGAAAAUUUUAAGCACCAAGUUUCGGAA